AACGCCAAAUAAUAAAUUAAAAAAAUUUUACUAUAAUUGAAAAAUUAUUUAUAAAAAGUAUUUAACGCAUUGAAGUAAAAACGUAUUUAAAUUUAGCAAAACAAAGUAGCAAAAUGGAUAGAGAACACAAAUUGCCGGGAUUGCCGCCGCUGCCAAAAAGUUUAAGUGCCGCGGCAGCUACAACCGCAGUCACAUUUGGCACACACUCGAACAGAGCCUCGCCUUUGAGUCACGCACAUCACACGGAUAACGAUUUAUAUUUAGGCGCUUCCACUUCAGCUGCAGCACGUAUGCGUCAAAAUCAACGUCACGGUAGCCUUUCGUCAACACAAGAAUCGCUCAGCGAUCGCGAGAGUAUACACAGUCGCGCCUCAUCUUCACAUAGUAGCCAACAUACAACACCAACCAACAACACCGACAAGGCUAGCAGCAGCUCUAGCUGUACACUGGACACACAGCUGGCCAUACUCAGACGCGAAAUGUAUGGGCUGCGACAAUUAGAUCUUUCACUACUAUCACAACUGUGGGCUCUUAACGAAUCCAUACAAGGUUUUCGCGUAUUUCUGCAAGAGCAAGAUGUACUCUCACCUCCAUCACCAUCUUCACCCACGCCCUCUGAUACAAAUUCUCUUACUUCUGAGCCAGAAGAUGAAUCAUAUGCAACACGACCACAACUAAUGCAGCCCACAGUCAAGUCAUUACCAGGUGGUUCCACGACAUCUCAUGCAUCAACUAGUUCCGCUUCAGGUGCAUCAGGCUCCUCAUCUGCUGCUUCUUCAAUGGGCAAACAUGGUCCAGCACCACCAUUGCCACAACGCGCAUAUCAACAUCAUCAUCUCAUGCAGGCACAUGCAACCAACAAUUUGCAUGCACAACCACAACUGCCACGUGUACUGCAACAGCGUAUGCGUCAUGCGCCACCACCACCACCAGCACGCAACAAACUCAGCGGCAAGCUACCAAUGCAAGUGGUCAUGAAACCGGGCAUGCAACAACUGCACCAUCAACAGUCGCCAAUGAGUAAAGCUGCCGCUUUGCAACUACAACAAGCAGCCAGCAAGGUGCCGCCACCAAUACAGCAACGCCAUGCAUGACAAAACCCGUUCUUGGACUAGGAGUAUCCCAGUUCAAGAACCGAACGUAAAGUCUAAAUGAACUCGGCAUGGCGCUGUACUGAGUGCAGCAAGUAUAAACAUAAAACGACUUUAAGUCAAUUCAAUAAUCUUAAAUAAUAAUUUAUAUAAACAAUAUUAAAUAAUAUUAAACUUAAUGAGAAUAUAUAAAAAUACAUUGAGCGUUUAUUGCAGCGGAAGUGGGCACUGUGUCAAUUACUUUGUUGGCCAGCAGUGGACAGCAUGCGGCAAACUGUGAGCAGUUAUUUAACUUAUUUAGAACAGUCAAAAAAUCAAAAAAAUCAAAAAUAUAUAUAAUAAGAGAAAUAUGUAAAG